AGAGGCAAAAAAAAAAAAAGGAUAGUUCUGUCUAGCACUGCCAGGCACUUUCUGUCAAAUGAUUUCUUGCCCAGUUCCUCAUCCUUCCACGGAGAGGCAAGCUGGAGCCAAAUGGGAAGCCGCGUCUCUAGCAGCCAGCUUUUCUCGAUUUGGAGGUUUGUCCAGGAGAGACAGGAACCAGAAGCCCUACAGGGGAACGGCCCCCUGACCUUCCAGUCACGCAGCUCUGAUAAGUAGGCAGGCCCCAUGCCAGGAGAGCCACAGACAAGCCGGGCGAUUCCGAUAGAAAUUAGUUAAGCAAUCUUGUCCCUGGGGCUCCGGGUGAGCCUCUGACAGACAUUGCCGUCCGCGGUCCCAGUCAUGGCCAACAGGACCAACGCCUCUGUCCCAUUCACCAGCUAUGAGUAUUACCUGGACUACAUAGACCUCAUUCCAGUGGACGAGAAGAAGCUGAAGGCCAACAAGCAUUCCAUCCUCAUUGCCUUGUGGUUGAGCCUGGCUACCUUCGUGGUGCUCCUCUUCCUCAUUCUGCUCUACAUGUCCUGGUCAGGCUCCCCACAGUUGAGGCACAGUCCCCAACCUCAGCCACUAUGUCCAUGGACUCACGGCUUCAACCUCCCCCUGUGCCUCCGGAGGGCCUCCCUGCAGACAACGGAGGAGCCAGGAAGGAGAGCUGGCACUGACCAGUGGUUAACGCAGCAGAGUCCUUCCGUCUCAGCCCCGGGGCCCCUGGCUCUCCCCUAGGACCAGGUUCAGGAUGGGGGUCCCAGGGCAUCAGCUGACCUCACGCUCAAGCAGUGGUGAGCCUGGAGACAGAACUUCUCAACUGUAGAAUGGAUGAUGCCAGAGAGCCAGUCGUGCUCAAGCAAACGGGUGAACUCAAGCCAACCCGGGCAGCUACGUCUUUUUAGGGCCGUUUACAAUGGCCUUAAAUGGAGCAGGAAACUGACCGGGACAAAACCAAGUUUACAAGAGGACCAUCACACACAUUAAUAGUCCAGCUAGGAUGCAGAAACCACCCUAGACACAGCUGAUUCUGUUGAGCAUGCUUAGCCUGCUUGCCGCUUACAUUGCUUUGGGAUACAUAGGAAAAUAAAAUGUGAAUUAGAUAAA